AUGGUCUCGCAUCGCUCGCAGUGCGCAUUGCUCCUCAGUGCGACACUGGGUCUUGCCAAUGCCGUUGCAUUGCCAGAGGCUACGGCGGCGCCAUCCAAAGUCCAAGUCGGCGCCCCCAUUGUCACUCCCGCUGCAAUCCGGUUCGACGGCCGCCACAGCUAUGUGCAACAACGAGACCUCUUGAACCAGAUCAAGAGCGGCGUAGACGGCGUUGCGCAUUCGUGGGCAAGCGUGCUUGGAACAGAUCUCCCCAGCUUUUUUACAGACGGCAUCCCGGGGUGGUUCGAUGGCCUUCCCACCGGCACGCAGGUACUCUCCAAGCUCGGCAUCGGUGACGAUCUGGCUGCGAAGCCCACCGAAGUCCUCAACGUGCCCCCAUAUGCGAAUUGGACCGACCAGGGCUGGAACGUGCGCUUUCACGGCAACGUCUACAAGUUCCCGGACAUCAAACAGUCCAAGGUCGAUGAUCUCGCCAACGUCUUUCUCAUCGACACAAGUGUUGACAAACUACCUCCUGACCAGCAGGCCCAGGCACGCAACCUGACGCGAUCCAUCUACAUCGUCCAGCAGGGCAAGAAGAAUGUCUCCAUGUCACUUGAGCCCGCGCCCAGCCAAGGCGGCGAUGGAGAGCCGGGCGGCGGUAACGCCAUUACAGCUCCUGGCGGCACGCAGAACUUGACGCUCCCAUACGAGACGACGGCUGAAGGCGACUUCGACGUAUUCUUACCUAUUAAACAAAAUGGACUAUUAGCCGGCAACGAGACCAACAACGUCCAGCGACUGAAUGUCUACACGAAUGGUACCUUGAGUGGCAAUGCUACUGCCUUUCUUGUCCCUACCGAAGGCAUCACCUUCAUCUCCGACAUCGACGACAUCUUGCGCGUCACCAAGAUCUACAAUCCUAAAGAAGGCCUACUGAACUCUUUUGCUCGUCCCUUCACCCCAUGGUUGAAUAUGCCCGACAUCUACGCCAACUGGUCGCGCACGCUUCCCAACAACACGCAUUUCCACUACCUGACUACGACUCCCGAGCAAGCGACACGUCUCUACAUGGACUUCAUCUACAAGACCUACCCCGGCGGUUCUUUUGACACCCGACCCCUUAAUUUCUCCGAUGGCUCCGCAACACUGACGAUCCGCAAAUUCCUCCUCACCAAGGUCUUCGAGACCUUUCCGAAAAGAAAGUUCGUCCUAGUCGCCGACACUUCCAACAGCGAUGUCAUGAAGGACUACCCGCAGCUCGCGCACGACUAUCCUCAACAGGUCCAGUGUAUCUUCCUCCGCAACACAUCGGCUACGGAUAGCGAAAUGUGGUUCCCGUACAACACUGAGGGUUUUAAGGGCUUGAACAACAAGAGCUACAUGUUCUUCCGCGAGCCGAAUGACCUGGCUGGUUUGGACAUCGCCAACGGACAGUGUCUGAACGAGUCUAUUCCGCAGAACGUCACCUUCAAACGACAGGCGGAGCUUCUCGGCAUACAUGGUGCAGGUGGUAAGCUUCAGGGCAGCGCGACCAUUAGCUUCGUUGUAGCGCUUGUCGUUGCCAUGUUCAUGACAUUGUAG